UGCCCCACAGUGACCCGAUGGGAGGAGAGGUAGGCUGGGACAGAAAGGCAGGGCUGGCAGGGUGCGGUCUCAAGCGGCUCCUGUUCCCGGAUCUGUUCAAUUUCCAUUUCAAGCUUGAGCCCUGCGCCACAGGGACGCAUUCAGAGCCAACCAGAGCGCAAACCACUGCGAACACCCUCUGACCGCUGCCCAAAGACACAGAGUGGACAUUGGUAGCGAGGAACCGGCUUUGAACCCAUGUGCCAAAACAAACGGACUUCCCUAUUUAUUCCUACCCCUGUCCGCUGGUUGCAGAUCGUACUUGACAGCUUCAGGGGGAGAGAGUAAGGACGCCACCUGCUCUUUAAAAGAAACCGGCACGACUGCGCUCUCGGGACUGGGACUCCUUUGCGCUUUGGGGAUGGCGAGGGUUGAGGACCCCGCGAUCCGAUUUUAAGGGUCUCUCCUCCCCCUCCCCAUACCCCGUGGGGGAGAAAAGGAGAAAAACGGGGAAACGGGGACCAGUUUCACCCUCCCGAUCAAUCGGAGCGCCCACCUGGGGUGGAAUGAGGCUGCCUGUGCUGCUGGGGCUGUUCAGCGGCUGCGCCCUGAUCCUUGUCCCGGCCUCCGAGGGCUGCGGGCCGGGCAGGGGAUACGGCAAGAGACGGCACCCCAGGAAACUCACUCCACUCGCUUAUAAGCAGUUCAGCCCCAACGUAGCAGAGAAAACUCUCGGCGCCAGCGGCAGGUACGAGGGUAAAAUCACCAGGAAUUCCGACCGGUUUAAAGAGCUAGCUCCAAACUACAAUCCUGACAUAAUCUUCAAAGACGAGGAAAAUACAGGUGCUGACCGACUAAUGACCCAGCGCUGCAAGGACAAAUUGAACUCGCUGGCGAUCUCGGUGAUGAACCAGUGGCCCGGAGUGAAGCUACGGGUGACGGAGGGCUGGGACGAGGACGGACACCACUCCGAGGAGUCUCUCCACUAUGAGGGACGCGCUGUGGACAUCACCACCUCCGACCGCGAUCGCAGCAAGUAUGGCAUGCUGGCCAGGCUGGCUGUGGAGGCCGGCUUCGAUUGGGUGUACUAUGAGUCCAAGGCACAUGUGCACUGCUCCGUGAAGUCAGAGCACUCGGUGGCUGCCAAGACGGGGGGCUGCUUUCCUGGGAAGGCCUGGGUGAGGCUGGAGAACGGCAGCCGGAGAUCAGUGCAGGAUCUCCAGCCAGGAGACCGGGUCUUGGCCGCUACAGAGGAGGGUCGGGCAAUCUACAGCGAGUUCCUCACCUUCCUGGACAGGGAGCCCAACACCAGGAAGCUCUUCUAUGUCAUCAAGACCCAGGAGGAACCGCAAAGGAGCCUGGUCCUCACGGCCGCCCAUUUACUCUUUGUGGCUAGCAACUGCUCCGGUUAUCAAACGACUGGUUUCCGUACCAUAUUUGCCAGUGCCGUGCAGCCAGGGCAGUGCACAAUGGUGUCGAUGGGGGGCUCGAGUCUGCGGCCGGUUCACAUCGCCUCGGUUCACACACAGCAGGACUCUGGGGCCUUCGCUCCACUCACCCGCCAAGGAACGCUCGUGGUGAACGACGUGCUCACCUCCUGCUUUGCCGCCUUCGACAAUCACGGCUGGGCGCAGUGGGCGUUCGGGCCGCUGAGGCUUUAUUACAGCCUGACCAGACAGAGCGGCGUUCAGGAGGAGGGGCUGCACUGGUACUCACGCCUUCUCUACAGGCUGGGGACUCUGUUGCUGGACCCUGGGCACUUUCACCCUUGGGGGAUGGCCGAGACAGAAAGAUGAAGGGUGGUGCAAAGGGAAGGGGAGGGCAGGAAGCCUCUUUUCCUCAUCCGUGGCACCUUAAGAACUUCCUGUUUAUUUAUAUCCCAUAAACCUGCUUUACAAACCAGCUCAGCAAGGACUACCCUAGAUACUCAACGCCAAUCACGCCCCCCAAUGAUGCUGGGGAUGGAUCGCACAUGAUUUAAACCAAGACAAACAGAUCCCAAACAAGAAGAAACAUAUGAAGAUUAAAUAACGAACAAACUACCUUAGCCGUUGUGUAUUUGAUUAUAUUUUGGAUACAUUUAGAAUAUAUGAUUUUGGCCCUGCUGUAUAUAAAAUAUGUAAGGGAUAUAUAUAGUUUAUGUUUGGAAUAUAUUGAAAAUGUAUCAAAGUGCUUGUUUAAUGUAUUAUAUCAAGCUCGGUAUGUAUGAACCCUUUCUCCACUGUUUAUGAAGAUGAUAAGUACUACUUCGUCCAUUAUAGACGCUCUUCUAAGAUGUCUCUUUUUUUAAAUCCCUGAAUGAAUUUGCGAUCUGUUCUGGUUUGGUAUUGCCUUUGUCUUCCAAAACUGCAUUACCUUGAACUGUAGCCAAGUAUAUUUAAAGGAAUAGCUACACACAUGCAAACCUGCUUUACACUGCACUGGUUUUGUACACAUUCCAGAUAGCAAUCCAUAAUGACAACCAAAGUCUCUGCAAGGCACUGUGCAAAGGUGGCUAAGGUGCUUUUUACUGUUUUUUUGUUUUUAAAGGGCAGUUUCUUUAGUAACCAUGAAGUACACUUGCCCUGGGUUCUAUAUCCUCAAUGUCAAUGCACUUCUCUAGAAAGACCCUGUUUACUUGUAGGGACCACAGAUUCCUGGCCUCAAAGUCAGUUGCUAUUGUCUUUGCGCCCUGCCCAUAAUGCUUACGUAUUUAUUCCAAGCUAACAUUUCUCAUAACCCUUGAUUCUAUCUGAUAUUUUCACAUAUGAUGGAGGGAUUAUUAAAUAGUGUAAUAUGAAGGCUAGGUUUGUCUUUAACUAAAAACUUCUGUUGGAAGUUUUUUUUUUCUACCAGAAUGGAAGUUUCUUUAGCUUCCCCUCAGUUUGCCUGUCACAGGCUAGUCAGGGAACUCACUUUAAAGAUAUUGAACAAACCAUCUUUACUAAUCCUCUCUCACUUAUAUAGCAUCACAAACAAACCAAGACUCCAGAGACUUUCAAAUAAGCAAAACACAAUGUUAUCCCACAUGUUCCCAAAUGCAAUGUGCAUUGCAUUCCACUGAAACACACUGUCAUGAUACAAAGGAUUUUAAAGCUACAUUUGUAAUGACACAUACAUGCAUAAAAUAUACAUCUGUAUUUUAUGGAGACUGGCAAUGGGUGUAGCAAGGACUUGCAAGUCAAAAACCUAAACAGAGAUGCUAAGAAAUGUCAAUAAAUGUCCAUGUUUGACAGGGUAUAAUCCAAACGGAAUGACAAAACUUCAGCCCACAAGGCCUCAGACUUGUGCUAAACAAAGCUGGAAAAAUCUGUGUUACAGUCCGUUUUCAACUAUUGAAAAGCUAGAAGUCAGGUAGACAAGCUUUUUGCUUCAUCAGGGUUAAUUGGCUUAAAUACUGUAUUACUCAUUGAGGCCCCUGUUUAGAGAGCAGGCGUUAACUCAGCGUCAAACAUUCAGGUGGUUUGACGUGCUGGAUAAAACAAAUAUAUUGUUCAAUAUUAGAAGGGCCCUUCACAUGUAAGAGGAUAUAGUCAUUCCAACAGAUAUGACAAGGGGCAAUUGAGGACCCUAAAGGCUGUAGCAGGGGGCUUUAUGAGAAAUUGUAGUAGUGGAAUUACGUGUGUGGUAAUCCAAUACCUGCUAAAUUGGAAGUUCUGAAGACCAGGUGACUAGAUAUUUUGACUAUCCUGUGGGGUCCUCUAUGUAUAAGUCUGAAUAUGGGCCUGCGUGAUGUCUUUUAACAUUUGAAACUGUAUGAAAGUCACUUGUGUUUGGAUUUCACAACAUCACAUAACGUUGCUUUUAUUUCAUAGCUCUCCUCCUGAAGAUGUCCUGUGUGCACAAUUUCCAUGCACACUGCCACACAUGCCACUCAAUUGAGCGAUGUCUUUGAAAUGGAAACAGCCUUUGUUUUACUUUGAGUGUGAGCGACCCCUUGCACUCAUGUGAGUGGAGGUUAAAUGUAGGUGACUCAGUAGUGGUAGAAGUGAUUUUUACUUUACCAUUAUCACAGAUAGAUUAGCACAAGCCUGAUGUAACAUAUACAACACUGUCCAAAAUGUUUAUUUUAUUUAAAGUUAUGUGUUGUAUUUACACAUGUAUUGGAUAUCACACCCUGUCGUGCCUUAUUACAUAUAUACAUAUAUAUAU